GGCCCAUUGUCCACUUCCAUGUGAGUGACUCCGAGUGCAUGUCACGUUGCCAAGAAGGAUGGCUCAAGACUUUUGGCGGCUGACAUGAUUCGCCAGCGAGUCUGGUGACGGUGGCUCGGAGACGUUUGUUAUAGCAAUAUGUUGACCUCCAGCUACUCCACUGAAGUCAGCAGAAGUUUUAAGGAUUUCAAGCUUGACCCAGUGUCGUUGUACAGAUGCUUGAAAGUUUUGGGAGCGAUCCUCAUUAUUGUGCUAAGUAGUUUUGGAGCUCUCCUCCUCGGCUCCUGCAAAGCUGUCCAAAGUGUAAUGUGUGACAUUGAUGUGGCGACUGACUAUGCAGACAUAAGCCUAUGCAUCCUUCUGGUUUCUACUGCUGUUGCGGCUUCUGGAGCUUUGUGGCUUUGGUGCCAUGCCUCAACACCACACCUCCUUCAAGCCUCGCGCUUUUUGGUUCUCAACUGGAUCGAGGGAUUAGCCUCCAUCAGCCUCAUCAUUGCGGUCAGGGAGUACUAUGAUGAUGAAAGAACUCAGUUUUACCAGGAGGAGGAUGGGGCUGAUAUUAUGACCGUUGGAACGCUUGUGAAUCUCAGAGUCUUUUUGCAGGUUUGCGAAGUCGUGAUUCUGCAGAUGUUGAUCCAAAACCGUCUCCAAAGCAUAUGGCCGGCACUCAACCAACCACGAUUUGGAAUGUGGCUGAAGAGGAUUCUUUGGGCAGAGUUUGCCUUGCUGACACUUUGGCCUCUAACGUCGACGGUUGAAGUAGUACAUCGUUUAUACCACUUGGGGUCUAUUCUUGCAAGCUUGGCCGCUGGAGCGCUAGUUCUUUUGGUGCCAUGUUGCUUUAUCAUUUGGAUGAUUCUUGUUUUUGUUACCUUGUGCCGUGUGCUGUCCAUUUUCCAUCAAGCGCAGCAGAUGGCGCAGAGCGUCUCCUUGGAGUGUAAGGCUUUCCGCAGGAGCCGGCGAGCGGCAUUGCUCCAAGGUUUUGGCUUGGUGAUCAGCCUCGUCACCACUUGCAUCAUCACAGGCGUUGCAGCCUUUGCAGGACCCACGAUGUUGAAGCAUGACGUUUCGCGGCAGAAAGUGUUGCCUCUCCGCAGUGUUCAACUUGCUCAGAGUGUGAACCUUGUUAUCAACACCAUCGGUGUUUUUCUGCUCUCCGGGGCCUACCGCUUCUGGCAACGUGCUUCUUUGCCAGAGGAGUCUUCUCGCGAGAGUACGGCUUCGUCAUCUUGGUCUUCUUUGCCCAAGUGCUGCUCAAAAAUGGCCAAGACGGUCAGGCCGCAGAGGGCCAUUGUAGGAUCCGAAUGGGAAACGAAGACUCAGGAACUGGCGGGUCGCGGUGUAUCCUUACAGGAACUUCUUGCUUUCUAUCGCAGAUUGGGGAAUGACAUCAUGUUGUCUUACAAGCCGGAUGUGCACACGACGAAUGAUGUGGUGAGACUGGCAAUUAUUCCACUGACCUCAGCUAGGGGAUGCUCCUAUGCAGAGCUCGUGAAUGAGGUACCUGUGAUGCCCCGAAAGAUGGUGACCCAUAAUUGGUCCAACCUGUUCCGGGACUUGCUGGCAAGUAUCGUUGCUGAUGCCCUAAGAGAGCACACCUUUGAGCUUGUGUCUGCUUUGCUGUCGGAUCAAGUGGGCAUCAAUGCCUUGGAACAAAUGCUCCAGGUGCAAGGAAACUUAGAGGACGUUUACUGGAUCUGUGCAUUUGCAGUGAACCAACACUCUGGGAUAUGUGGAGCAAACCCACGUGCAGAUGUCGAUCCUGUCACAAGGCUACCGCAUCCAGUUUGUUCAUGCAGGACUCCAAAAUUCUUCAACACCACGCCACCAUUGAACCAGUACGGGGAGAGCAUUCCUUGUGAAAUGAACAAAUUUGAUGACAUGAUGUCCUUUCUAGCGUGCAGAGAUUCUUCUUUCGCAGAGGUGGUUGCUGUAGAUGCAUCAUUGGAGCUCUUCCGCCGAGCCUGGUGUAUGGCUGAACUGGCCGAAGCUCAGCGCAUGGGCAUGGCUCAGAGCUUAUUGGUCCGAAAUAAAGCCACCUUGCUCAGCAGACAGCACACGCUCCAAGGCCUCAGGGUGCAAGACAUGACCGCAAGUCGCCAAGAAGACAUCACUGCCAUCCUGGCAAAGAUCCCAAACAAGGAUGCCUUCAAUCAGAGACUGCGAUCCUUGAUUCUCGACAAGAAGGUUGGGCUCGUAACUGUUUGGAAACAUGCCGAUACUUCGCAGCAGAUGGAGGAGCUAGCCCAUGUACUCAAGUGGGCUCGCAUGUCAACCCUGGUGAAGGAUGGACUGCAAGUGUGGCGAAAAUGGGUUCCCUGACGAUCUACCUCCGGAUCGGAGGGAGCUUGCUGGGAGCCCGCCAGUUCAGCGCCACGGGCCGUUUUUGACCAACCAACGAAUACCGUUUCGGUCGGCCCAAGUCCAUCUAUCUUUGCCGCACCUGAUGACAGAAUUCAACGUUGAUUCCAAUAGUGAGCCGCCCAAUCCAGAACAAAACCGCC